UUAGAUAUGAAAACAAUAAUUUAUUAAAUCGCUUUAAAAUACGUCUUUAUUUGAAAAAUAAAACAAACAUUAAAACGCAACAUAUUCUGCGAUUGAAAAAAUAAAAUUAUUUGGUAGUAAUAAUUUGGUUUUUACUUUACCUAUAUUUUACAUUAAACUAUGUAUAACUAAAAAUUUAGUACCUAAUAUUCAAAUGUUUUUAUUUUUUUGUCUUUUAUUUAUUUAACAUUCUCUCUCUUGCUCAUUUUAAUUCUUUUUAAUUUUUAGAUUGUUUAUUUUCUAAUUUUUUAUUUUUAAUUAAAUAAAUAUCUAAACUUAAAAAUUAGCUACUAUUUUUCUUACAAUUGAUUCAUAUUAUAAUAAUUGUACAAAAUUCUUAAAAGUAAAACUAAAACUUAGUUAAUUAAAAAGAAGAAGAAUGCUGUACACGUAAACAGACUUGCUGAUCUAUUAAUGCUAAUUUUUUACGCUGAUAAAUUUACAAAAAUAACCUAAAUCCUAUAUUAUCCCAAGUUGUUUCUAUAAAAUGUUUAAUUACAACAUUUCCUAAGAAUUUGGAUUAAAUACUUUGUUAUGAAAACUUCGACGCUAGCGUCAUACAUACUUUGGUGGUAUUGAUACCCAGCGAAGUAAAUCGCAUGGCCAAAAUAUAGCUCUACAUAUCCUUUUCACUAAAAAGAAAAUAAUUUCAUUUAAACUUUUUUACUGGUAUUUUUAUAAAAUAAAUAAUUUAGUAAAAUAAAAUUAAUUAGAAGCCUUAUCUAAUCUAGUAAAAUUAAAUGAGUUUCCUUAAUUUACAAUGUCAUAUGAUGGAUGGAAUUUUUAUGCGCUCUAUACUCCAUAGGUUAUUCGUGGAUCUAUAAGUUUGAAAUAAAACGGUUCAAUCCAUUAUUUACAUAUAAUGUGUUGAUUUUCUUCCAUAUAUCCCGUUUUAGGUUUUUUUUUAAAGUCUUGCUACCUCCAAAAAACCAAGUUUAAUUGAUAGAGAAAAACAUGCACAGAAUAAAAACAUAUUUGCGUUUUUGUGGUGUGCAUCAUUUACAGCGUAACAGAGUAUUAAAAUUUGAAACCCUUGCUUUGAUUUUGUCCCGACAUAAGCAAUAAAAGAAAAUUCGAAAUUUUAUAAAUUCUUCUUCAUUCUUUCGCUUUAUUAGAAACUUUUCAUAUAAAAUUGUUUAGCAUAUUCCAUUAAUGUAUAUCCGAAGGAAUUAGAACAUAUUUAAGUGAAGUCCGUUUAUUUAACUAUUACAAAUUUUGGUGCACAUAUUUAAAAGGAACUAACAUAAGAGAGAAGGGAAAAAUUAUUGAUAAUUUUGGAUAAUUGAUGGAUUCUUUAUUUAAACUUUAUAAACAGAAUAGAUCGCAAUGAGAGCAUUAUUUCUGUAAAACAAAAUUCUUAGUUAUGUAUUUCCCUUCUAAAUCAUGACCUUCAGUUAUAACUGAAUAACUUUCCAACCUGUGUGUCAUAUUUAUGCGCAAAUGAAUAAUACCCAAUUAAAAAAAUCAAAAGCAAAGGUUAUAUAGUUGAAAUAAAAAUCAAAAUCCGCAACCGUUAUAAUAAGCGUCUAAUAUGGCAACUUCUCAUUUUAAACUAGAAAAAAUUUCUUUUGUAACAAUUUUACAAUAUGAGAUAUAUGUAUAUACAUAAGUAUGGUAUCGUACAAACAUUUCCUAAUAAACGAGCGUUUAACUUCUAUGUUUAAAAUUUGAUUUUUAUUAAUUGUCUACUUCUAUGUUUCUCGAAAUAAAAAAAUCAAAAUUGAUUUUUUGUUUUUCGUUUCGAGAUUUGAUCGUUUCGAGAAAUUUUUGUAUUUUUUAAUUAUAUCUAGAUAACGUAUGACUCUUUAAAGAUAUUUGAUUGGGCAUUUUCGAAGAGCUCAUAUUAAGUGAUUCAUUCGCUCAAGGAAACGAAAAUAUUCUAUGUCCAAUUUCUUUUUCGUUCCAUUGCAACAAAUCUAUUGAAAAAAACAAGAAAAUAAAUAAAAUAAAAACAGAUUCGCGCUUAAUUCAAUUUUAGUAAUAUAAUGAGUCUGUCUGAGAUAAGAAAGUUUUUAAAAACUUCUAAAAACUUUAUAAAGUUUUUGCAUGCAAGGUGUCUGGGAUAAUACUUUUUGAACAAAAAUGAGAGAAAAUGAUGACAUUCUCAUUUUCUUAAUGUUUAAAGUUUUUUCAGUUUUGGAAAGUAAAAUUUAGUGUUUUAAAAAGUUAUAAAAUCAUACAGCUGUCGAAACAUAUGUUUUUCUUGAUUAUGUCAGAGCAUGAGAUCUCUAAAAGAUUAUUAAAAAUAGAAAAUAGAUACUCUGAGGUGUGUACGGGGACACCAAAGAAAUUAGGAAAAGAUGUACGUAAGUGAGGUACGGGUAGUAACUUAGAAUACUAAUAGUGUUCUUAACGUCUCAAAAAUUUGCUUGCUGUCGGAGGCUCAUUUGACAUAUUAUACGGGCCUUAAAAUAAAAGGUUAUGAUUGCUAUACAGCGGUAACAUACAUCCCAACAAUCAGCCAAGAGGAUGAGUGCAAUACUAUUAAUAAAAGAAUAAAAUAAAGUAUAGAACAUAAUGAAGAACUCAAGAUUCAAACCCCUAAAAUUCAGCUUAUUUCGAUAAAAAUUAAAUCUACUAAACAGGACUUUAUGUGUUGGUGCUGUAUACUGUCCACCAAAUGGCAGCAUUAAGAAAAAUACUUUUGAAGAUCUCCUGUACAAACAUAGACAUAGAUAUCUAAUAGGAGAUGACUAUAAUGCCAAACAUGCAAAUUUAGGUUCUAGAAUCACCUCAACUAGAGGAAGAGAGCUAAGAAAAGCUAUUCAAGAAUUAGGUUAUUGCUAUCACUGCACUGGCACUCGUUCUUACCGAACUACUGACACUAAUAAGAUUCCUGAUGUUGCUGACUUUUUUAUAACGAAAAAUAUAUCAGAAAACCUUGAAGAUUCAAAAUCAUCAAUCAUUCAAAAUCAAUCAAAAUUAUCGGACGUGUUUAUUUUUUUCGGAUAAAAUAUUGUUUAAUUAAUUUUUAUUUGCAUUCGCGCGUUUUGCAUAGUUGUUCCGGUAACUAUUCAGGUUAUGGCGGAAUGUACCAAAUGUAGAACUAAAAUUAGAGGUGAGACAGGAAUAAGAUGUGCUGGUGUCUGUGGUAAAAUUUACCAUAGUGCUAUCAAAUGCUCAGGUUUAGAACAAGCAGCGAGCAAUCUUCUAGAUUCUAAUAGGUGCAUCAAAUUCAUUUGUGAUGAAUGCAUUUUAUACAUUCAAAAUGUGGAUAUAAUAUUACAGAACAUUGAUUGUGCGGUCAAAAAGAACAAUGAUUAUUUAAAUGAGUACAAACAAGAGUUCGAAAGUGCUAUAAAAAAGAAUGAACAGGAAGUAAUUGAGUUGCUAAGAGCUAUUGAAGACAGAUAUUUUGAACGUCUUGAAGGAAUUAAGGAAGCACAGGAAAAAGAAUUUGAAAAAGUAUCAAAAAUAACGGAAGUAUUCAAAACUGAUUCAGAAAAACUGAACAGUAUAGUAAGUUCAAGUCUGUUAAAGACCGAUGAACUUUGUAAAGAAAUUAAAAAUUUAAACGGCAGUGAAGCAAAAAUGAAUGUAGGUCAAAGUUUUUCGUUUGCUGACAUAGUAAAAAAUGCUGAAAUAAGCAAAAAAAUUCCUAAAAUGAAAAAGCAACUGCCGCUAGUAAUCAAGCCAGUUACUAAACAAAAGUGCAAUGUAACAAGAGCUGAUUUGAGUAAGAAGGUCGACCCUAAAGCUUUCAAAAUUAAAAAUAUAGAAAACAGAAGAAAUGGGGUUAUUAUUGUUGAAACUGAUGACAGCCAAGAAAGAAAGAAAAUUAAAUCAGCACUUGAAAACAAUCUGGAUGAAAAAUAUGAAGUAAAAAUACCAUCAGAGAUAAAACCAAAAAUUGAAGUUAUCCAUAUUAGUGCAAAAUAUUCUGAAGCUGAGUUGAAAAACAAGUUGAAAGCUCAAAACCUUCAUCUUGAAACAAGUGAGUUAAAAAUUAUGAAGAUGUAUAAAAUUCAAAAACAGAGUGAGGAUAAGUACAACGCUAUAAUUGAAAUAGACAAUCAAUCUUUUCCUAGAGUUCUACAAAAUGAGAAAGUUUCAAUUGGAUGGGAACGUUGUAAGGUGUUUGACGCUUUGCGUGUUCUUCGUUGUUGCAAAUGUAAUGGGUUUAAUCACAAAGCGGCUGAAAGUAAAAACGAGGAAAAUUGUUUGAACUGCCUAGGUAAACAUAAAAGCAGAGAUUGCAAAAAGGAAAAAGUUAUUAAGUGCAUUAAUUGUUUCGUUGCUAAUGAUAAAUUAAAACUUAACCUUGAUGUUGGUCAUGAAACUUUGAGUAAAGAAUGUCCAGUUUACAUAAACAAACUAAGUAUGCUAAGGAAAAAAAUUGGUUACUAGCAACU